AAAUGUCAAUUAAAGAAAAGAUAUCUGUCAAUUUAUAAAUAUUAUACACUAUAUUUAUUUUUUUAAAUUUUUAGAAAAUUCAUUUACAUAAUGGGAUUUAGAUUUUCACAGACCUUUUGAAUAAAGAAUCCCUUUUAUGAUAAGAUAAUCCUACUCAAUUAACAAUAUAAAGAAACAUUUUUGGAUUUUAAAAAGAAAUCUUGGGAGAAUGAACAGAUAAUCUAUUCCUCUCAUUUGAUUAUUGAUUUAAGAAAAGAUUUCAAUUAAAUGAAUUGACAAAGUGAUUCCAUAUACUGAAAUAUUGUUUAUUUUUGUUAACAAUAAAUUAAAUUUUUGGAUAUGGCUUGGGAAUAAUCUUUGAAACCUAUGAUGUGGUUUGGGUUUGGAUUUCCAUUAAACAUGAACUGGGCCUGAAAAUUAUUUUUACUUAUGACCUAGGCUGGAUGAAGAAAUCAAUGCCAGUGAAGGUCUCUAAUUUCAAUGAUUAAAAUAUAUCAUUUCUCAGACUUUAUUUGAAGAUAAAUGAAUGGGCAAAUCACAAAUAUGCCUGUUUUCAAUUAUUUGCAAAAUUUAUUAGGAUUGUUAAUUUAAAGAAACUAUGAUUUCAAAGCAUCAUACAUUUCUAAAAAUUGUUGGACACUAAGAAAUAAAGAAAUCAAUUGUGAAGUGUAUAAUGGAGGAAAUAUUGAUCCAUGAUUGUUUUGGCAUAAAUAACAAAAAAUAUUAUAUUUUUUGUGACCAUGCAUUAAGCUUACAUAUAAUAUAAUAGGAAUCUUUUAAGAAAACAUUAUCAAAAAUAUAAGUUAAUAGCUGAUAGUCCAUUAUGAAUGACUGGUAAUCAGAAUUUUCUUCUUUAUUCAAUGAUGGGUGCAUAAUAAAUUUCCUUUAUAUGAUGAUGAUUGAAUCAGUAAAUUUUUCAUUAUUUUUAUAAAAUAUGUUAAUAGAGUGUAUAUUUAUGAAUUUUAAUUUAAAAACAAUAAGGGUCUAGAAUAUAUUUUUUUGAUUAUAAAUUACAAAUACAAAUGAAUAAGAAUUUAUUUUAAAAGAUUUUAAUAUAUUUUUUAGAUUAAAAAUAUAAUACAAAUGAAUAAAAAUUUAUUGUGCACAUAUAUUAAAAUAUCUAAAUAUAUAUUUCUUUAAUAUAUUUUGUAAAACCACUGGAAAAUUUUAAAAUUACACCCUCAUUUAAACAAAUAUAAAUUUAAUUUCUGAAUCACACCUCAUAAGAUAGGAGAAUUUUAAGAUUCAGCCAUCCACCGUCAAAUAAAGGAUAAAAUUAUGAUUCUCCAUCAUUCUUGAUGGCCAUCAGUGAAUGCCAAGUAACAAAACAAUAUAUAAAGUCAAAUGUGACUAUAUUAAUUGUAAAACUUCUAAAAUAAGAAGUGACAAAAUAAAUAACCAUUAUAAACAUAAACAUCCUCAUGUCAAGUUAUCUGAUAUCAAAUUUACAAAGAUAGCUAUCAAAAAGGAUAAUAAUUGGGUAUCCUUAAAUAAAGAUAUUCCAUUCAAUAUCACAAAUGGGGUUGAAACCAAGUUACAAAAAAAAUCAAUAACAUCUUACUUCCAAAAACACAAAUCUUUUAUUGAAGAUUCCCAAAUUAUAUUAUCUCAUACAAUGCCCAGUUCCAGUGAUCUGCUGAUUUUGAAUAAUGAGCUCAAAUCUUUUACUGAAGAUUCCCAAAUUAUAUUAUCUCAUACAAUGCCCAGUUCCAGUGAUCUGGUGAUUUUGAAUGAUGAGCAUGAAUCUUUUAUUGAAGAUUCCCAAAUUAUAUUAUCUUCUCAUACAAUGCCCAGUUCCAGUGAUCUGCUGAUUUUGAAUAAUGAGCACAAAUCUUUUACUGAAGAUUCCCAAAUUAUAUUAUCUCAUACAAUGCCCAGUUCCAGUGAUCUGGUGAUUUUGAAUGAUGAGCAUGAAUCUUUUAUUGAAGAUUCCCAAAUUAUAUUAUCUUCUCAUACAAUGCCCAGUUCCAGUGAUCUGCUGAUUUUGAAUAAUGAGCACAAAUCUUUUACUGAAGAUUCCCAAAUUAUAUUAUCUUCUCAUACAAUGCCCAGUUCCAGUGAUCUGCUGAUUUUGAAUGAUGAGCAAACACACAAAGUUAUUGAAAAUUCCCCAAUUAUAUCUUUUUUUCAUCCAAUUAUCAAUCCCAAUGCAAGCCAAAAUAUUUCAAACAUUAAAGGCCCAAAUAUUAUUCAAUUAUAUAAAAAAAAGGAGCCUAAUGACCCUUUUCAUUUCAUAUUCUUUAGAAUGACAAAUAUCUUGAUUAAUUUCAUAAUUUCCAUAGGCCCAUGUCAGCCAUGUUCAAAUAUAUUUCAAUAUCCUGUUACUCACAAAAGGAGCAUGAAUAUAUCCUAUUAUAAAAAGGUUAAUAUUGAUGGUUCCCUCAAACCAAGAAAUUGGUUAUCCUAUAGCACCACUUUAGACAAAGUCUUUUGUCUUUAUUGUCUUAUGUUUGGUGGCCCUAAAUCCAAUACUUUUUGGACUCAACUUGGAGUAAAUAAUUGGAAAAAUUUUAAGCGUGACUUAGAGAGACAUGAGUCAUCUUCUAUUCAUAAGGAUUGUGAAUACACCAACAUGACUUGGCUUGCAAAUAAGCGUAUUCAAGAUCAUUUUCUAUCAAAUAGGCUUGAUAUAAUAAUGGAAAAUCGUAAUAUAGUUCAUAAUAUUAUUGAUGCCAUUAUAUACCUUAUAAAAUGUAACAUAGCCUUUUGGGGCACUAAUUCGAAUGAAGGUAAUUUUAUGUGCCUCAUAAAAUUAAUGGCAAAAACGGUUCCAACUUUACGGGCAUACAUUGAUAACAACGAAAAAUUGAGGAGAAAAAAAUCAGAUAAAAUUUCAAGACCUUAUAUAAAUUUAUUGUCAUAUGGCCAUGUGAAAAAAAUUAUUGAAGUCAUUAAGAUAAAAAUAAUAAAAUGUAUUAUUCAAAAAAUUAAAGAGAAUUGUGCCUAUAGCAUCAUAUUAGAUGGAACAUAUGAUGUGUCUAAAAAAGAAUGCAUUGCUUUACUUGUAAGAUAUAUAGAAGAUGAUCCGCAUCCACAUCCUGUAGAAAGGAUCAUCCAUGUUUUUACAACAUCAGAAACCACCGGGGAAAAUAUAAAGAAACAUGUUUUUUCUAAGUUCAAAGAUCUUGGUCUUCCUCUUGAUUAUAUGGUUGGGCAAAGUAUGGAUGGUGCAGGGAAUAUGAGAGGAGUAUACAAAGGAAUGCAGGCUUUAAUAUUGAAAGAGGCUCCAAAAGCCAUAUAUAUUUGGUGCCAUGCACAUAGGCUCAAUUUAGUAGUUGCUCAUGUUUGUGGAUGCAAAAUAGAAAUGAAAAAGGUAAUGGGAAUAUUGGAUGAGUUAUAUAAUUUCAUGAAUGGGGUAAGACGUCAAGGAGUGUUUGUUAAAUAUCAAAUGACAAAGUCUAAAAAAUCUCUUAAAAGAAUAAAAAAUACAACAAGAAAUUGGUCAUCAUCUUAUAAAGCUGUAGAAAUUUUUUUAGAUGUUUAUGAACAUAUUAUAGCAUCAUUAAAUGAAUUAAAAGAUUCUAAUGACCCAAGCACCUCUUCUAUUGCCGAUGGAUUAUUAACAAGAAUUAAGGAUGAAGAUUUCAUAUUAAGUCUAUUUAUUUUGAAAGAAAUAUUGAAAUGCACACAUGAGGCUUGUAUUGAAAUGCAGGCAGUUGGUAAUGAUUUGGCUAUGGUAACUAAAUUAAUACAACACACAAAAAAUAAAUUACAAAGACUAAGAGCUAAUGGGGAUAAUAUUUUUUUAAAAUUGCAUUCCUUAUCUAACAGUUAUUUGAAAAAGAAUAAUGUUACAACGGAAUUGCAUAAUAUAAAAUCAAUAUUCAAAUUUGAUCAAACAGCAUUCAAUAAUUAUGUUAAACAAAAAAAAAACAAAUAUAAAAGGGAAAUAUUUUUCCCUGUGCUUGAUACAAUCAUUAAUGAUUUAAAUGAAAGAUUUAAUUAUGAUUGUUUAAAUUUUUUAUCUCAAAUAUCUCUUUUUACACCAGCUGGAAUUAUAGCCAAUGAUAGAAUAGAAGGGUGGCAAAUAUCUCAAAUUUGUCAUACUUACCAAUUAAAUGCUCAAGAUAUUGCUCGUGAAUAUAAUGAUUUUCGAUCUUUAUAUUUGGAUUCACAAGCAAUCAUUUAUUGCAAGGAUCUUUUGAAAAUAAAAAAGAAUGAUGGGUUAUAUAUUGAUGAAAGUAUUGUAAACGAUGAAACCGAGGAAGAUAUCAAUAACGAUAACAUAAUUAAUACAAAAAAAUGGAUAAAAUAUUCAUUUAUACUACCAUAUCGUCUUUUAAAUAAAUUAAAUUCUUAUUCUAAUUUAUAUUUAUUAUAUAAAUAUUUAUUGACUCUACCAACUACUUCUUGUUCAGCCGAAAGAGUGAUGAGCAAAGUCAAAAUAAAUAAAACUAGAAUGCGGAAUAAAAUUUCUGACCCCUUUUUAGAAAAUUUACUUCUAAUAUCCAGCGAAAUUGAUGUUUUUGAAAGAUUUAAAAUAGACGACAUUAUAACGCGAUUUGCAUCUACGUCUAAAAGAUUAACUAAAUUAUUAAUAAAAUAAGUUAUAUCUUUUUCACAGCUAAUUAUAUACGCCUUUUUAAUAAUGUAAAUUUAAUUUAAUAGUUUUUUAUAUCAUUCUAGUCCGGUGCAUAAUAUAAUACUAUAUUCAUUUUAUUUAAAUAUUUUAUAAUAGUUAUAUUUACAUAAAUGUUUUUAUAAUUCCAGUGCAAAAUAUAUUAUAUUCAUUUUAUUUUAAUAUUUUAUAUAAAACUUAUAUUUACAUAGAUGUUUUUAUAAUUCCAGUGCAACUAUAUUCAUUUUUUUCUCAUAUUUUAUAUAAAAGUUAUAUUUACAUAAAAAAAUUUAUAUUUCCAGUGCAAAAUAUACUCUAUUCAUUUUAUAUUUUAUAUAAUAGUUAUAUUUACAUAAAUGUUUUUAUAAUUCUUGUGCAAAAUAUACUAUAUUCUUUAUUCUAAUAUUUUAUAUAAAAGUUAUAUUUACAUAAAAAUUUUUUUUAUAUAAUAGUUAUAUCUAUAUGAAUGUUUUUAAUUAAUAUAAAGGCAUUAGUAUUUAUAGAAUCAAGCUAUACCUCUUUAAAAUUACUCAUUUUGUUUUUUUUACUUAAUAUAAAGGUAUUAGUAAUUAUAGAAUCAAGCUAUACCUCUUUAAAAUUACUCAUCUUAUAUUUUU